GGGGACAUUUGCAACGCUGGAUAGGGAGAAUGUCCGUCUAUGGGAAAUAUGCGAAACUUCAUUUCCCCCCGAUAUUGUCAUUUGCAGCAUGGUUGUCAGCAGAUAGUUUAAGAUCCAUCCUGUGACCCGGUGGUAGCUGAUGUGUGAGUAAUGCAGGAUGGAUGACAUGUACUAUGAUGGUGAUCUCAGUGAAGAGGAACUCUUGCAGGCCUAUUAUAAUGGAGAGCUGGAUCCUGACGUAGCAGAGGAGCUACUCAAAUAUUACAACCAGGAGCCGUAUGAACAGGAGAGGUUGCCAUUAUGGGAUCUCAUGGAGAAAUGUGUUAUCCCAACAUGGUCUCAAACAGCCCACUCAGUCCUGCCUCUUUUGGUCAUGUGCUUCAUGUACAAAAUGAUGACCUUCUUUCUUUCUCAGAAUGAUGAUGUCAAUGAUGAGGAGAAUGAAGGAGGCUGGGUAUUUUCCAGAUCUGUUCUUCACAUCACUUGUGCCAUAUUUGGCCUCUCAGCUCUCCACCUGUUUUUUGAUUACAGCCUAAUCUUCCUGGUUAUCUAUGAUGCUUUGUCUUUCACAAUGCUGACCUUGACAUGCUGGAAGUUUAAGGGUUUCUCUGGCAUGUUUCUCUCCAUUUUCACAGUGGCUUAUUUACUGUCAUGUGAAUUGAUAUUCGCUGAUCCAAUACUGUGGCACAAAAUAAGAGGCUCACAAAUGAUAUUGUCAAUGAAGGUUAUCUCUCUGGCAUUUGACCUUGACAAUAACACAAUCAUUAAGACACCCAGUAUUUGGGCUUUCAUUGGUUACUCCUUUCAUGUUGGUUCUGUGAUAUUUGGACCUUGGUUCAGUUAUGCUGAAUACCAAAGAGCUUCAUCUCAACAAAGUAUUAGCAUAGCUUGGAUAAAGAAAAUACUCCUGAGUUCUGUCUUGGCUAUUCUGUGUGUAGUUGUCUCCACUUGUUUGAUUCCAUGGCUGAUUUUAAAUGGGACAUCAGAUUGGUUGGAGGCUUAUCGGGAUGCACAGUCAUUUCGGUUUAGUCACUAUUUUGUUAGCUUCAUGUCUGAAGUCACAGUUGUGGUCAGUGGGAUUGGGUAUUCAGUCAGCUGUGGUUUGGAAGCAUGGGAUAUAGCAGUAGCUCGUCCAUGGAAUAUAGAACUACCCCGCUCUCUUGUUGACGUGGUUACCAACUGGAAUCUCCCUAUGCACACAUGGCUUCGGUUCUAUGUCUUUAAAACAGUAAAACCAGCAGGUAACUUUGCAGCAGUACUGUUCACCUAUGCAGCCAGCUCACUUCUUCACGGGUUGAAUUUUCAGCUGGCUGCAGUACUGCUCUCAUUGGGGUUUUAUACAUACGUAGAAUUUGUCUUUAGAAGUAAAUUAUCUCGGAUAUUUGAUGCAUGUGUUCAAGCCAGGAGAUGUAAACCAGACUGUGGCCAUAGCUUUAAACGGCUACACCCUUUUGUGAUAAUCACAAACUUGGCAUUUGGAGGUGUGGCUGUUUUUCACCUGGCCUACCUUGGUCUCAUGUUUGACAGUAGCCCAGAGGAAGAGACAGGUUAUACUAUGUGGCAUACAGUGGGAAAAUGGGCCAACCUAGAUUAUGCUAGUCACUGGUUUGCCCUUGGUACCUUUGUUUUCCACAUUCUAAUAUGAACAGCAAUAGCUGGACUCAUCCAAGGUUAGCACACAUUAACUAGCCCAAGCAGCAGAAUAAUUUGACACUGGCAACAACUUUUAUGCUCGCGCUCCUUCUCUUUGACAUUGUUGUGACAGUUUUUCUUUGCAUGAUACACUAUGUACAGAAGAGUGUUAAAGUAGAAGUCACAGGAGAAAAUUUAGAUCCUUUCUCACCCCUUACUAUCAAAUGCAAAGGGUACACUGUGUCACUUUAGGUACAAUUAACUUGUCCAUUUGACGAAAAGUUUCUUUGUGGGCAAUGUUAGUUGUUGAUAAUGUUAAAAUAUGCUGUUUGUGUGCUAUGCUAACAGCUUAAGUAUUAUAACCGAGGAGACUGCUAUAAAUUUGAUAAGAGUAAAUAGAGUUUCUAUACAAAUUAUAUCCUCUCACUGUAAUACAGUAUCUGUGGCCAGUGCUAAUUUAAUUUUUUGCAUUGAGCUUACAGGAGUUCUGAGAAAGGUGAUAUUCUUGUCUACUUUUUUGAUACACAAGAAUGUGGUAUUCACAUUUUGACUUGUUGGGUGAUUUAGAAAGUGUUCUUGUGUAUUUUUAUUUUUGAGACAGAAGAAUGUGCUUUUUGCUACCUUACGGCUCUUGCAGAUAUAAGCCUUAAAAAUUCUCAUCAUGACAGCCCAAGCAGUUUAUAGAUUUAUACCAUCCAAAGACUUACAUAUAAUGGCUAUAUACAUGUACAGUGUGGCCUUUUGGCUUUAUGUGAAUCUCACGAGGCUUAGAGACAUAUCUUUUUAUGGGGAAAAACUUCAUGUGUGAUAAGUUGAAAGAUUUAUUUAUUGGGGUAUGUAUUAAUAUGAAGUAUGGUUUGCUGCUAUGCUUUCAUUGUAUCAGUAAAGGAUUACAUGAUGUAUCUAUAUAUAAAUGAUAUAUAUGAUCAAGAAAUGUUGACGGGGAAUUCAGAAUCAAGGUUUUCAGUCAGUAUUUUGUGGGAAAGAUUUUUACCUUUUAAUUAAAAUUUAUAAAAUUCUCUGAUGUCAUCUAAUUUACAAAGAUAAAAAUCCUCAUUAUGUAAUAUAUACACACUCUUACAAUUCUAGAAAUCAUUUAUGAGAAAAAUGUAGUACAUGUACGGAAGCUACCAUCAUAAAUUUGUAGGAAGUGAUCGAGUUAGUUCUUAGGGUUUAACGUCGUAUUUAACAAUUUUUCAGUCAUGUGACGACGAAGGAGUCCUUAGAGUACAUGUAAUGUGCCUCCUUGUUGCAGGACGGAUUUCUACCACUCUUUUAUCUAGUGCUACUUCACCGAGACAACUUACCGAAGGCAAGUAAGCCACCCCACCCGAGCCUUUAUACUGAUACGGGUCAACCUGUUGUUGCACAGUCCCCUUACUGCUGAACGCCAUGUUAGGAGGCUACAAUUUUCGCUUAUGAUCUUAAUAUUACACUUAAGCAAAGAUGGUCUUUGUUCUGAUGGCUUUAUUUGUCAUUUAAUACUAGUCUGUCUUGCAAUUUUAGGAAUGUUAUGAACAUGCAGUAAAGUUCUAAUUAUUCAACUGCCUCUUAUUUGUAAUAUUGUAAAACCUUCGACAUACAAAAAAGUUAUUUUGUUGUUUACUGAGGAAGACAUUAUUUUUGGCUAAGUUUAUUUUUUAACUGUGUAUAUGGACUGACAUACGCAUAUUUGUAUAGUAUUAGAAAUAACAUUACAACAUAAUGACGUUAUUGUGUCACUAGAACCUAUUGUAAUAAAUUCUUGAAUUGGAAACCACCACUUUACAUUGGUGGUUUUUAAGUCUGUAUCAUGGUGCUGAACAUGCAAGAUUAAGGACAUUUUCAUAGUUUAACUUUUUUUUUUCAAAGCCAAUAUGGUGUUUGAAGCUAACAUGCAACUGUGAAGCGAUGAUUUCAAAGAUUCAGUAUUGAACAUAAUACAGAAAGGAAUUAUGACUUCAAAACAAUUUAUUUUUUGCUUUUCAUUUCUGUGGCAUUCUAGUAUGUUCUGUUUUGUAUUUACAAUGCCUAGUUAUGAUUAUUUUUCCCAAGAAUUUCUGAAUGUGACGUCAGGUGCAAAUGACUUCGUUCAAGAGCAAUGUAUUUCACCUAAAGUUUAGCAUUUUUCAAGUGACACAUUUUGUGUGAUUUUGACCGAUUGAUCCACCUUAGAGGGUUACUUAUGAUUUUUUUUUUUUACAAAGUUUAUCAAUUUCUUAUCUGAAAAACUUAUAAACAGUAUAAUUUUAAUGUUUUUAUGUGCUGUUAAUAGUGCAAUUUUUCCAUUACAGACUUCAGGUAAACUUUACAGUUAUUACAUUAAAUUGGACUCCUAGUCUGCACAGCAUGUGAGAAAGUUCAUCAGUAACUUACCAAAAGUCAACAAUCUUAAACAUAAAUCAACCUUAAAAUGGCUAAGAAGAAAAUCAUUUGAAACACACAGUGGUGAUUUUGGAAGACUAAGAUAAUUAACAAGCACACAAUAUCACUGGCUAAUCAGUGCAAGAGAUGAAGUGCUUUAACAUUCACAAAUCCCUUUAUUAACAAUAUUUACACUACAGACCCGUAUGCAUGCAUCUCUGGAAGUACAUAGGCUGGUGCUGUAACUCAAAAUGUCUGUACACCAUUUAUCUUUUGGACAAUAGUUUACGCACUAUUGACACUAGGCAGCCCUUGGAUUUUAGUGCACUGCUCUUGAGUUAGGUAACAGCACUUUUACAGCCGAUUCAUUUACCAGACUUGAGGAUGCAUUUUUCACGAGUAGAAUAAAUGAUGUAAUAUUCUAUUUGACAAAUAUUUCACUGGUAAAUGUUCAUGACUGAAGUCCUUGUACGCUGGGCAUACAAAAAUGAACUGGAACUGGUCUUCAACAAGGUUUCGAUUGCACACAGAACAUUUUCUAUCUGAACUUGGGGUAUUUUGUAUUUACGAAUAUCUACGUGUAAGCCAGCAGUACCAACUCUCAUACUUGCCAAAACUCGCCUGUAUUUAUGAUUUCUAACAAGACUCUAGUAUGACUUGUCACAAAAUUAUAUGCAUCUAACACAGAUCGUAUCUGCUGGUAUAUGCCACACCAAUCUUGUUGGAAAUUGUCAACAAGGCGUUGCCCGAGCACUGACAAACACUUGUUGGUUAUUAACCCCUUUUUUGACCCAAACAAAUCAUGGAAUUCGCUUUAGGUUGCUCCAAGCACUUAUAUCAUCAUCUUCAAAAUAUAAAUCAUUAUAUGCUGUUGUAUAUAGAAGAAAGUACUGUAGAAGCACCAUCAUGACAUAAGAGCUAAUCUUUAUUUUAUUUUUUUUUUUCACAGUGAAAUGUUUAUGACCACUGUGGUUAGCUCAUAUUGCUAUUUACUGUUAAAUCUGGUACAUAUUUUGUAUCUAUGCAAAUAAAUAUCUUGGAAAACUAUCAUGAAUUUCUUUAGUUCGUGACAGGGUUGGUGACGUCUUUUGUGUGGUGGGACAGCAUAAGCUUCUGUAAAUGACCUAACAUUUCACAACAAAAAAAACGUAUUUAGUUAUUACUUUUGGUGCUAAAACUUACUUUUUCAGUUGUAUAGUGUCCUCCGAAGUAAUCCCAAAGUAGCUUUCUCUAAGACCCAUAUAACUCUCAAGAUCAGGAUGAGAACAAGCAUUUUAGUCAUGGGUGAAAUUUUAGGUCAUUUACGGUAGUUAUGCAUGGAAAUAACCAAUAUUUUCAAUUUUACUGGUCAUGAUGUACAAGAUUUACAAUUAAUCAAAACAGCUGGAUUUU